GAAUAGAUUGACAAUCCUUACCUUAUCAGCUUCACAACUUGAUUAGUAAUAUGACUUAAGUGGCAAGGGCAAAAGGGUAACUUCCACCCUUAAAUAUAUAAACCAAAAUUUGAGAAAACCUCAUUUAUCAUUCACUUGUUGCUUCAAAGUUCAGAACUUGAGGAGAGAAAAGAGAUAAAGGGCGAGUGGUGUGGAAAAUUCUUGUUCAAGCUUGAAGAUCCUUCUUUGCAUGUGUGAUAUUAGAGUACUUCGAAGAAGAAUCAAUGCUAAUUUGAGCAAGGCUUCAAGAAUUCAUCUUCAAAUUCAUCUCACUACCAUUAAAUUCAAGUUUUUAAGAGAGAAUGGAUAAUAUUACGGCAAGCGAAGUAGCUGGUUUGGCAGUGGGUGUUCUGCUUCUUUCUGCUACCAUUGCUGCUCCCAAAAUCGAUGUUUUCUUCUCUUCUUCUCAACGCAGCUCAUUGGGGUUGUGCAAGCGGUGUGGCAAUGUAGGAAGAACGGCUUGCGCUAAAUGCAAAGGAACCGGGUCGAUCAAAGAAGGAGGGUUACUUAGUUUUAACCUUAUAGAUGAUUUGUUUGAAACAAUCGGUAAUCGCGAAUCGCAGGUGAAGAAGAUAGCUUGUGUAAAUUGUCAAGCCAGAGGUUACUUUCCAUGUCCUGAUUGUUCUAAACUAUAAUCAGUGUGGUUUUGUCUUGUUUGCCAAUAAGUGUUUUCUUGGCUACAAUAUUGAAUCUCAACAUGUUUGAUCCUUCAGACAUUGUGGUAUAUGCAACAAUAGUUUAUCUUUUGCUACUCAUUGUGAUUUGUGUGCAAUGUGUGUGACUGAUUUAAAUCCGGAAGUACCGAGUUUGGUUCCUACUCAUAAAAAGAAAUGCAAGUGAUUUGUGUGCAA